AUGUCCGCACACCAGACCGACCAGCCGUUCAUACAGCGCACUUCCUUUUCCACCACAUUGGCCCACCGACACAAAAGCAUACCCAACAGCUCUUCGAGUGACCCCAACAACCCCGUCCCCUGCGAGCCCAAGAGCACUCUUCGACCCGUCGCCACCAUGCCGGGCCAAGACAGCGUCGAGUCGAGCCCUCGGAGUAGUGGCGACACUAGAGACAUCCUCAACGACGACUCGAGCGAUCUCGACACCGACGCGUCCACUCCGCCGCAAGUGUUCCUUGAUGGCGAAGCAGAAGAGAAGUCAGACAAAAUGGCCCCUCUCCCACGACGCAUGUCCGAAUCGCAAAGUCAGCCACGCAUCAGGAGAGCAAGCGUCACCUAUGGCGCCAACUCCGAGGAGAUUAAGCGUCUGCUCGGCGAUGGAAAAGGCACAACCUUCUUGGAGAGAUACUGCUGCGGAAAGGGCUGCUGCAAGCUGCAAGCACUACGCCCGACGGAACAGGUCUCCAUGCCCGCCCUCGACAACGACGCUUUUCGCUUUCUCGGCGUCAGCAUCGAAGGCCUCAACCUCGACACCAACCUGACCCAGCUCCCGGACAUGCCCGAGCAAAACAUCACUUUCUCAUCAGUCCGAAGAGACUCCAUUCCUGACAAGUUCCCGGCCGAAGCGCGUCACCGUCACGACGCAGAAACCGUACGAACGUACCCACCCGAAUACAUGAAACCUCAUCCACCUUACAGCAUCUUCAACGCACCCGUUUACGGCGCUCGCGAGCUCACCAAGCCCGGUGCGGAAAAGCGCACCUUCCAUUUCGACAUUGAUGUCACCGACUACCCCGAGGAAGGCGGUGUAGAUUUCAAGGUCGGCGGUGCUGUUGGCGUCUGUCCACCUAACGAUCCCGCCGUCGUCGAGGAGCUCCUAGACCACCUCGGCAUUCCGCGAUUUCAACGAGACAAGCCCAUCCGACUCCACACCAAGGGCGGAAGAUGGCCUACGAUCUGGGGAGACGAGGACAGCAGAGAGCUUCUCACCACUCGAAGAGAAGUGCUAACGUGGACUAUCGACAUCUCUUCCACGCCUCCCACCAAACCGCUUCUCCGAACACUGGCAGAGCACGCCACAGACAUUAACGAGAAGAAGAUCCUCAACUACCUUUGCUCCGCCCAAGGCCAAGCAGCCUUCUGCGACCUCCGCACCGGCGCACACAUCACCCUUCAGCAACUUCUCUACGCCUUUCCCUCGUCCAAGCCCUCCCUCGAGGAACUCUGCAAUGUCUCCACCCAGCUCAUGCCCCGCUUCUACUCCCUCUCCAACGACCCUCACGUCUCCUCCGCUCGUGACGGCCUAGCAGGCCGCCGCCUCAUCGAAACCGCCGUCACCAUCCACGAAACCCCCGCCCAAGCCGGCACAUUACGCACAGGCGUCGGCUCCGGCUUCCUCGAACGCAUCGCCAAAAAGUUCAUCCAAGCCGAAGUAGACGCCGAGGCAUCAGGAGACCCGUCCAGCACUCCCGGCGCCGCCGGCCGCGCCCUCAACCUCCAGAUCCCCAUGUUCCGCGGCCUCAUGGCCAACCCGCUGUCCAAGGACUACAUCACCGACGGACCAAUGGUGCUCAUCGGCGCGGGUGUGGGCAUGGCGCCUUUCCGUGGCUUCAUCCUCAAUCGUCUGAAGAACGCCAACUGCGCCAACAAAAUCUGGCUCAUCCAGGGCAUCCGCGACAGCAUGCUUGACGAAAUCUACCAGGGCGAACUCGGCGACCACGAGCGCGAGAUCAAGAAAGUAGUGCAGAGUCGUGCGCAAACCGAAGCGCCGCCCCGCAAAGUGGCCAAGUACGUGCAGGAUGAGGUGCGCCUGCAGGCCGACGUGGUGUGGUUCGUCAUCAACUCGCUCGACGGCCGUGUUUUCGUUUGCGGGUCUACGAAGGGUAUGGGCGAGGGCGUGGAGCGCGCGCUCAUCGAUGUGGCGAUGGAUAAGGGGAAUCUGGACCUCGAGACUGCGCGGCAGUUUUGGAAGGAUAAGCAGGAUGGCGGGCAGUAUAUUGCCGAGACGUGGUGA